AUGAACCAAACCAGACCAACCCCCACCCCAUGGCAGUGGCUGGGAGGAUUCCUCCUGGCCGCUGAGACCACAUUCUUGACGUCCAAGAGAGGAAACCCUCUCGGUGUCGAGAGUGUUCAUACUCAACGGCCAAGAGGAGAAACCCUCUUGGUGUCGAGAGUGUUCGUACUCGACACCGAGAGGGUUUCUCUUCUUGGCCGUCAAGGUGUACACUCUCAAUGGCCGGGAGGGUUUCUCCUCUCAGCUGUUGAGAGUGUACACCUCGACGGCCGAGAGGAGAAACCCUCUCGGCGUCGAGAGUGUUCAUACUCGACGGCCGAGAGGAGAAACCCUCUUGGUGUCGAGAGUGUUCACACUCAACGCCGAGAGGAGAAACCCUCUUGGUGUCGAGAGUGUUCACACUCAACGCCGAGAGGAGAAAACCUCUUGGCGUUGAGAGUGUUCAUACUCAAUGCCGAGAGGGUUUCUCCUCUUGGCCGUCGAGGUGUACACUCUCAACGGCCGGGAGGGUUUCUCCUCUCAGCUGUUGAGAGUGUACACCUCGACGGCCGAGAGGAGAAACCCUCUCGGCGUCAAAAGUGUUCAUAUCCUCAACAGCCGAGAGGGUUCCUCCUCUCAGCCAUUGAGAGGGUAUACUCUCAACAGCAAAGGGAAACCCUCUCGGCGUUGAGAGUGUACAUACCCUCAACGGCCGAGAGGGUUUCCCCUCUUGGCCGUCGAGAAUGUGGUCUCAGCGGCCAGGAAGAAUCCUCCCAGCCGCUGCCGUGGGGUGGGGGUUGGUCUGGUUUGGUUCAUCGACCCCCAAACCCUGGUCGGUUUGGGAGGAUCAACUCCCAAACCAACCGGGGGUUUUCAUUUAUUCUUAUUUAA